AUGGACACAACAGAGAUCAGGUUUAUGACAUAUAUACUCAUUGCUACUUCCACCUCAGAUUACACGCUCCGUAACAUUACGGAAUUAGAGAAGGAUGAGGAACAAACAUCGACCAAAACCUUCUUGCCCUGUAAAAAUCCCGAUAAUCCAAUCGACGAGAAGACAGCGAAGAUCGUGGAGAGGACGCUGCUCACUACGGUGAUGACACUUUUAGAGAUUUUCGGCGUGAGCACAAACAUCAUCAACAUGGCGGUGUUUCAUCGCCAGGGUCUUCGCGAUCGCAUCAACCUCUGUCUUUUCAGCCUGGCCUUGGCAGACUGUGUAUUUUUGCUUAUAAUCUUUGCAGCCAAGUUCCACAGCUUCCUGGGUCUGUUCGACGCCAACCUCGAAGAGUUCUGGAGCCAGAGGUAUUUAAACACAUUGCUGGGUUUUGUGUUGGGGACGAUGAACAUCUCCAACACCGUAACAGCGAUAAUUUCAGUCGAGAGGUGCAUCUGCGUUCUGUCGCCUUUCAUCGCUAAAAAGUUCCUCAAGACCAGGUACAUGGCCAUCCUCAUCAUCGUCAUGUCCAUCUACAUCCUGGGCUUCUAUAGUCUCCUCAACAUGAAAUACGUCACUGUAUACGUCACCGAUCCGGUCAGCAAACAGUCCCACUGGACGUCACGACUUAGCUCGUUCUACACCAACGACCGGGUGGUCAUCGACAUCCUCUACAACCACCUCCUCAGUCUGACUAUCCCAUGUCUCUCCCUCGGCGUCGUGGUCAUCGCGACGAUCAUCAUCGCGCUGAGGCUUCGCGCCACUCUGGCCUGGCGUCAGGAAACGGCCAACGUCAAGACGAUGUCGUCGAAGAUGACUGGCGAGAAGAAAGAGGCGGCUGUGACUAAGAUGUUGGUCGUGGUCUGUGUCGUCUACUUGACGUGUAUCUCGCUGUCGGUGACGCAGGCCUUCUUCAGGACCCUCUGGCCAGAUUACCUCCCCUCGGGCAAGCUCUGCAGCACCUUCAUCAUCGGCCAAACUCUCGGUCACACUUUUGAGGUCACGAACUCCUCCGUGACCUUUGUCAUCUACUAUUCCAUGGGGACCAAGUUCCGGAAGGAGGUAAAAGAGAUUUUUUGCCGCCAAACGAAGCCCGUCCAGCCAGCAAAGACUUUCUCCACCAGCAUGAGUUCAGUUCAGUGA